AUGGUUCUCCAAGACCUUGGUCGCCGCAUUAGCGGUGCCCUACACGAUGUUACCCGCGCACCUAACCUCGACGAAAAGGCCUUCAAAGCCAUGCUUAACGAGAUCUCUGGCGCCCUACUCGAAGCCGACGUUAACGUGCGACUUGUUAGCAAGCUAAAAAACUCGAUUAGUACUACGGUCAAUUUUAAAGACCUCCCACCCGGCGUUAAUAAGAAACGAUUAAUCCAAAAAGCCGUAUUCGACGAGUUGGUCAAGCUCGUUGAUCCUCAUGCCGAACCGUUCAAGCCUAAGAAAGGCAAAUCAAAUGUUAUCAUGUUCGUUGGUUUACAGGGUGCCGGAAAGACUACCACAUGUACGAAGCUCGCACGACAUUACCAGGCAAGAGGCUUCCGUGCAUGUUUGGUCUGUGCCGAUACCUUCCGAGCUGGUGCUUUCGACCAGCUGAAGCAGAACGCGACCAAGGCGAAGAUCCCAUACUACGGUUCCUUAACCGAGACCGACCCGGCCAAGGUCGCUAGGGAGGGAGUAGAGAAGUUUAAGAAGGAACGAUUCGAGGUUAUCAUCGUGGAUACUUCAGGACGUCACCGACAGGAAUCGGCACUGUUCCAGGAGAUGGUAGAUAUUCAAGAAGCCGUAAAACCCGACGAGACGAUAAUGGUUCUUGACGCCUCCAUCGGUCAACAAGCCGAGGCGCAGGCGAAAGCUUUCAAAGACGCAGCAGAUUUUGGAGCCAUCAUAAUCACCAAGACGGACGGCCACGCGAGCGGUGGUGGUGCUAUCUCCGCUGUUGCGGCGACGCAUACGCCCAUCGUCUUCAUCGGUACAGGAGAGCAUAUGUUAGAUCUGGAAAGAUUUGCCCCGCAGCAGUUUGUGAAUAAGCUACUAGGAAUGGGAGACAUGGCAGGUUUGGUAGAGCACGUACAAUCUUUGAAGCUCGAUCAAAAGGAGACGAUCAAGCACAUAACGGAAGGUAUAUUCACAGUAAGAGAUCUCCGAGAUCAGCUCAGCAACAUCAUGAAAAUGGGACCUCUAUCCAAGAUGGCCGGUAUGAUCCCCGGCAUGUCCAAUCUCCCAGGAAUGGCAGGUAUGGAUGACGAGGAGUCAAGCUCUCGGUUAAAACGCAUGAUCUACAUAUGCGAUAGUAUGACCGAGAAAGAGCUCGACUGCGACGGCAAGAUGUUCAUCGAGCAGCCAACUCGUAUGACGAGGGUGGCUCGCGGUAGCGGCGUCAGCGUCAGGGAAGUCGAGGACUUGCUCACCCAGCAGCGGAUGAUGGCUGGCAUGGCUAAGAAGAUGGGAGGUAGCAUGAAAAAUAUGCAGAGAGCGCAGCAGGCGAUGGGAGGAGGAAACAAGGCACAACAGAUGGCAGCCAUGCAGAAGAGAUUGCAGAGUAUGGGCGGUGCUGGUGGAAUGCCGGAUAUGGCAAGCCUCGCGAAGAUGUUUGGCGGAGGCGGCGGCGGAGGUGGAUUGCCUGGCGGUAUGGACAUGCAGAAGAUGAUGGAAAGUAUGGGAAUGGGCGGUAUGAUGGGCGGCGGACGAGGCGGCAGGCGGUAA